GUUGUGAUCGCGAGUUAAAUAGCGUUCAGACGAUACGAAUCCGUUUAGCAGCGUUUUUUGAUAAACAUAGCGUGUGACAUUUAACACGCACCUGGUAACAGCUCCAGCAUGAAGCUUUAUUUUGUUGUGAUGAUUUCGUUCGUGGGAUUUUUUUGUAUCGCACGAGCAGAUGACGAUAUUAGGUGUAAAGGUAUUGCAUUUCGAUGUAUCCCUCCGCCAGAAACUUGCCCCGAAAAUCAAACAUUAGCGCCAGGCACUUGUUCAUGUAGUUGCCAAACAUGUAGACCGGUACCCGCUGUUGGAGGUGUUGGAUCACACUGCGUUGUGUUCAAUAUUAAAGGGCUGCCAACUUCUAACUGCGCAAAAGGGUUUGUGUGCUGUGACAAUUUUUGCGUGAAGCCAGAACACUGUUGUUGAAUUUGACUUCGUUAUUCUUUUGAUGGAAACUAAUUAAAUUCAAAUUCUUAAAAGUAUGCUGUGCUUUGAAAUCGUUAAUUGUUUUUGUUUAAUUAAAUUUUCUGUUUUAUCAAAAAUAUGUUCAUAUAGAUUUAUCAAAAUUAAAAAUAAAUAUUACAACCCGACAAGGACUUAUUCAUUAUUUUGAUAUUUUUGAUGGGCAAAAAAUUUUAUGGAUUGAAAAUCGCGUUUCUCACGUACCUAAUUUAUGAAACUAACAGAACAACAACUACUAGUUUAUCUCGGUUUUGAUCAACAAAAAUUAUAAAUGUUACGAGAUAUUCGAAGACAUGGAAUCAUGAAAUGGCCUUCGUUACAAUACUUUGGUUAGAAUUUCUUUUUUCUUGGUUUAUAGGAUAGAUUAAUUUCUCACGUCCAGAGAAUACCUUUUGCCGAUCUCUUCGUUGAAACAAGAAUUUUCAGAUAUGCUUUCGCACAGCGAUCAAAAAAUGGAUAUUCCGUGAAGGACACAUUUUUCUUUUCUUCUGCUUUUUUAAGAUGGCAAUGUUGCGAAGCAAAUAUAUAAGUCAACGUUUCUCGAUAAGCGGAAUAAUUAUACGUUUUUACUUGGAAAAAUUUAAUUAUCAUACAAAAAUAACUCGGAAUAGAAAAACGCUCUUUAUCGGUUACUAAGCGUUUUUAAUGUAAAACUUGAAAAUUACUUUACACUUGCCGCUUAACCAGAAUACUUUACUGAUUAACUUUCCGUGUUUAGUAAAAUCUAAUAUAUGUUGAAGAUGAACAGCAUAGUGGUUCUACUUUUCACAUUGGUGGUGUUCAAUUUCAUAAACGCAGCUGAUAUAGAAUGCAGGGGAAUCAAAUUCAAAUGUGAACCAUUCGCACUGUUUUGCCCGGUAAACCAGACUCUGGUUCCGGAGAAAUGCUCAUGCGGCUGUACUAGGUGCGAACCCAAUCCCCCUUAUGGAGGUGUGGGAUCGUCUUGCGUAAAUACCAUUGUUGCUGGGAGACCAGCAAAUAACUGCGACGCAGGUCUAGCUUGCUGUAACCAUUUUUGCGUGAGGCCGGAACAUUGCUGCUAAAUUGUAUUGUAGUGUACUGUUGCUCGUAAUAAACGAAAGCUGCUUACAA